AUGUCGUCUUCAUCACGAGAAGAGAGUGUGUACUUGGCUAAGUUAGCUGAGCAAGCUGAACGUUAUGAGGAGAUGGUUGAGUUUAUGGAGAAAGUUGCAAAGGGUUUAGAGAACGAAGAGCUUACUGUUGAAGAGAGAAACCUCUUGUCUGUUGCUUACAAGAACGUGAUUGGUGCUAGAAGAGCUUCCUGGAGGAUUAUUUCUUCUAUUGAACAGAAGGAAGAAAGCAGAGGUAACGAAGAUCAUGUUUCGAUCAUCAAGGGCUACAGAGGAAAUAUCGAAACAGAACUCAGCAAAAUCUGUGAUGGGAUAUUGAGUCUUUUGGAUUCUCACCUUAUUCCCACUGCAUCUUUGGCUGAGUCCAAAGUCUUUUACCUCAAGAUGAAAGGAGAUUACCAUAGGUAUCUCGCUGAGUUUAAGACUGGAGCUGAGAGGAAGGAAGCUGCAGAGAGCACUCUGGUUGCUUACAAGUCAGCUCAGGAUAUUGCACUUGCUGAUUUAGCUCCUACUCAUCCGAUUAGAUUGGGACUUGCUCUUAACUUCUCUGUUUUCUACUACGAGAUUCUCAACUCACCUGAUCGCGCUUGCAGCCUCGCUAAACAGGCAUUUGAUGAAGCAAUCGCUGAGCUUGACACAUUAGGAGAAGAAUCAUACAAAGACAGUACCCUAAUAAUGCAACUUCUCCGUGACAAUCUGACCCUCUGGACUUCUGACAUCAAUGAUGAGGCGGAUGAGAUCAAGGAGGCGUCAAAACCUGAGUCGGAGGAAGGGAAACAAGCUUAG